CAAAUGUUUACGUGCUUUCCAGCUGGAUUCAGAUGCUGCUAUACUAAUUGAGCUCAAAUUCACUGAGGGUUCUUUCAUUAUAGUUGAGAAUGCUACCAACGCUGUUAUCAUUAUUCAUGAAGAGAAUAUAAGUGAAAUUUCUAAAAGAGAAUUCGAAAAAGGUGGAGCCUGUGUUAUUGAAGAAUUAUAUGGAAAGAGCAUUUUCAACUAUAUCGGACAUGAAGAUACACUAUAUGCGGUAAUAUCCUGUAUCAUUCCGAGAAACGGUCAUCAAUUUAUUUCUGUAUAUACUAAAAUUACAUUUUAUAUGAAAAAGGUUUUUGAUAGGAAUGAUAAAUAUGAAAAUGAAGCUAAAGAACAAAGACUGGCAUGGGAAAUCACUAAAUGUGAUCGUGCUUAUUUUGAAACAGUUAAGCGUCGAUAG